AGAAACGAGGAACAGCCCCCAUCUACCGGCAGUCUCUCCUCCGCACCGCGCGCACAGUCCGGAUCUGCUCAGCUUGCACGCGGCACAGGGAUCUCACACACAGCCUCAGGUAAGUUAGACCCUUUAGAAAGAUCUUCUUAUGGAAUAUAUUAAUAUUUUGGAGCAGCUUUUUUGAGCAGAAAAAUAAAGACGAAAGAGAAAGAGGCGCGGGCGAGUGGAGCAAUGCGCGACGAAUCUGCUGCGUAAAAACAGUGACAGCUCAAAAUCUGCGAAAAUAAGAGAGAUGUGGCGCAAAGUCAACCAUUAGAAAACCCUUUCUGGGUAUUUCUUUACCAACGGGAUGUUUUGAAGACUAUUUUCUCACCUCUACUAAAUAUGUAGAUGAAUAUCCAGGGAGUUUGUGAAUGACACCGCAUGAUGCAAGUUAAAUGUUGAAGAGGAAAUGUUAAAAUUUGACGUGUUUGAUGAAAUAUCAGUGUAGUUAUUUUAUUUUAUUUAUUGUUUUGUUGUUGUUGCAAAGAUGGUUAUAUAUAUUUUUUUCUUAUUUAUCGUAAAAGCAAGUUAUCCACUGAGCCACCCUGGUUUUAAACGCCAUUUUAAAAAGGAUUUCUAUUUUAUUUUUUCUUUAAAGGGCGUAAAAAGGUUUCAAAGAGCGCGUAAACACAGGGGUAAUCGUGUGUUUUUGGAGCUUUAAUCUGGACAAAUUAUGACAUAGCUAAAAUAUAUGAUUGUUCUGUCUCAAUUAUUUAACAAAUAACAAAAAUUACAUGUUUUUCUUUUAAUUCAAAGUCACUCCUGCAAUCAUAAAUUUGACCUAUUUCUCCAAAUUAAAGCAGACAUUUAGAAAACCUUUCAAACGAACCCGGUGUUUUCAUUGUGCGAUUUUAAGCUUUUGUUUCAUCAGUCCCCACUUUCUCAAAAUUACUCACAACUUGUUAAAAAAAAAAUCCAAACAAAAAAAAAGAGAGAGUAUAUUUCGGAGCAGGUAAUAUCCUAAUUAGAUCCAAAGGAGAGAAAACAAAACGAGAGCACAAAAGAGAUGAUUCCCUCAGCCCCUCAGUGUUCACUGACACAUUGUUAAAGCCUCUUCACUCAAAUGAAAUGUCACUGCUGGAGGCAACGGGUCAAAACACAACUCUUUAUCGACAUUAACCGUGGAAUAAAUGCACCUUUUACACUACAAUAACCCCAGUUUUUUAGGAUUCAGAGGUGGUUUUUAGUUCGCGGAGGAUCGGAUUAAAUAUCUCAGAGCUGCAUGAGUUCAUCUCUCCUCUCAGGGCGUCUUUGUCCAGGUGAAUUGAAAUCCGUGUGUCCUUUUUUUGUGUUGUUGUUAGCGUCUCAUUUCGACGCUCUGGGGUGCAAAUGAGCGAUGUGUUUUUUCAGAGCAGCUGUGGGUCCAGCAGUCCGUCCACGCAGGAGGGGAAGGAAAGGAGGAAGGAGGGUUUAAGCCUCGUCUCAUAGCGCUGUUAUCAAGGGGCCUCCAAUUAAAGUCAACACAACUUCAUGGUGGGGUGGUGGAGGGAGGUGGUGGUGGUGGUGAUGCUGGUGAUGGUGGAGAGUGCACAUGAUAAUGUAACACGUCUUGAGAUGAAGCAUCCACACCUGCACACCCCCCUGAGCCUCAGUAAAUCUAUUAAUGGGAGCUCAGCUUUUAGAGUGUCUUCUAUUGUUUUAAGGAGAAUUUCUCAGCUCUCCAGCUCGUUAUCCUCCAGUUUCAAGUCAACACUGUGUGUGUAUAUGUGUGUGUGAGUUGCACAAAUUCAGACCCAGAGCUGGCCUGUUUUGGGGUUUGUUGUCACCAUAAUUGGCCUGUGUGCAGGACAGGACAGCCUCUCCUAUAAUAUGCACGUUUUUAUACGAGCUUUCACACCCUUUAAAUCUCACACACAUCUCUAGAGUAGCUUCAUAAUAUAGAUUAUAAUGGAAUUUACAAAAACAUGCCUGUUAGAACAGCAAUUUUACACAGAUACUUCAUCUGAUUUUUAUUUUAAAAGCUUAAAAAAUGACUUAAAAUGUUAAAAGUUUGUGUCUUUUAUUUAAUAUUAGUGUCAUUUAAAUUCCCGUUUAUAUAGACGAGAUUUUGGCCUCAUUCCUGUGAGUGGAUGCUUCCGGUUUAUUUAGGAUUUAAUGAAGAGAAAAUUGACUAGUUAACCUCUUUAGAGCUUUCUUUGUCACCUUUUUAAUUUAAGUCUAUUGAAGAAAGAAAAAAAAACAUCAGCUGUCACGUGAUUAUCGCAUUUAUGUAAGUGGUUAAGGUGCUUUUAUUUUGUAAACAAAAUCUUGUUCAUUUCUCUGUUUAAAAAAAAAUGAGUCUUUAAAAAAAAAAGAGUCAAAUGUAGUCUGUCCCCACCCCCAAGACUAUCACUGAUCACUGCCCCGCCCCGAACAAUACAUCUAUACCACACAUAAACACACACACACGAGACCACUGCACACACAAAAACACACACAAUAGUUUUGUUUUGAUGCUGUGCUAUAAAGACCAACAAAUGCCUAUUAAAAACAGUGCAAUUAUUUUAGAUUUAAAAAGUAAAUAAAUAAAAUCAACCUGAAAAAUGAAAUCCAUCACCCUCCCUGAGCUGUUAUCUCUCUAUCCAAAACCCUUAAAAAAUUAUAAAAUAAAUACUUUUAUUGUACCAGUUAUAGAUGAGUGCUUUUUGAAACCAUGUUAAAUUAAUAAAUAAAAUAUCUUUUUAUUAUUAUUGUAUGUCAAAACUUCCCGUUUAUAAAUGUGGGAUUGAAAGUAAUGAAAACGUCAAUAUACCAUAUAAAUAGUGGUUCUUCUCUCAGCGCCAUUCUGGAGUUUUUGAGUGAAGAGUGACAGCUCUUUGUUGGUGAAUAGAAAUCAGUGGCGAUAGAGAAAGAGAGAGAGAGGAGAGAGAGGGAGGGAGAGAGAGAGAGGGAGAGAGGGGAACUCCUCCUACCAAAUUAUUCAGACUGGGCAGGCUUUGCGGGCUCUCCACAAAUAGGACACGGUUCUCAAAUCCAAGCAGUCCCAACCUGACCUCCGAGCACCACGGAAUCUUGACUGGGAAAAACUGGGAGAGAGAGAGAGAGAAAUAUCACUUUAAAAACAGAGACAAAAACUUUGUGUCAUUAUUUUUGGCGAGUGUUCACACUGUAGCCCCCCCUCUCCCCUCCUCCCUCCCCACCACCACUACUUUCUUCCACUUCCACACCGGUUGUUUUGUCGCAUCACUUGGACUAUAUAUUUUUUUUCUUGGAGGAGAGGCAUUCACGGGCAGAAGGAAAAAGCUGCUGCACCUCUACCGGCAGCACCAACCCUCCCGUCCCACCCAUGCUGUAGUUUUCUUUCUCUUUUCUUCCAGUUGCCUUUGCACUGCGUGGAGGAGCUGAUCUGAGUCUCCGGGGGUCGUGUUGGUGGUGGUGUUGUUGGUGGUGGUGUGUUGUCUCUCUAAGAGCCCGUUUGGAUGCGCUGAGAGAGCGGGGCGCAGCGCUGCGGUACAGUUUAUGGAAGUUGUGGGCUGCAAGACAGAGGCAGGCAGUUGCACGUUGCGUCCAGGACCGGGAGCCAUGCUUUUCCACGGGAUCUCCGGGGAUCACAUCCAAGGAAUCAUGGAGGAGAUGGAGAGGAGGUCGAAGUCGGAGUCGCGCCUGGCGAAGGGCAUGCAGCUGAACGGGAGGGAGUCGGUAAGAGCCCGGUCCAACUGGGGUUGAAUUCAUGGUCAAAGUCCCUCUAUAGACGACUAAUGUGGCAGAUCUAACCUGAGAGGAUGUUUACACUUUCUGUGGGGUAAGAAGGAAAUAAUUCAAAAACUGAUUAAUUUUAUAGAAAGGUCGUUCUUCAAAAUGCAACUUUCUCUUAUAGAAUUAAUUUAUAUACCCUUUCAAAAUCUGCCAAAACUAACUGUAAAAAUUAUAUAUAAAAAUAAAAACUAUGAGCAAAUUUAGAGUUGACAUAAAUAGAAUAAAAUUGAACCAAUUUUUUCUAGAUGAUUAAAAUAUUUUACAAUCUAAAUGCAUAUUUUUUAUGUUGACAUCUUGAGUAAAUUCAGUCUUCCAUAUUAUCUCUAAAACCACCAUCAGGCUAUGUGAAAAAAAAACCAGCUGAUUUAAUAUUUUCUUGUAUCAUUCUACCUCUUGUUCAUAGUUUAUUUUUCAGUUUGAUAUUUUCAUCUUUUUCACCUAUUUUUAUAAGUUGGACCAAUUUUUGUAUUUUUAUUAAUUUUUAUUUCAUCCACUCCUCAAAAAGCUUUUUAAAAAUAAACUAUUAUCUCAGGUCCAUAUGUGUCUUAAUUUUCCACGACAUAGCAUUAAGCUGUGUGUUACAAUCCACGUGUUUUGCACCAUCCAUGGUGUGUUUUUCCUCCUCCUUCAUGAGGCCUGUAAACACACAGAGCCUGCAUAUAUUUAUCAGCCUCUUUAAAUGGCCUCGUCCUGACGGAUGAAAAGUUAAAUUCAUGACCAGAAAACACCUGAAUGAAGGACUCUUGUUUCUGUGUUUGAAAAUUACAAUGUCCAAUAUCAGCACAUGCACAUCAGUCCGGUCUCUCUGAGCACUCCUGUCUCUCCCUGCUGCUUUAGACCAUGCCCUCCAUGAGCCCGGAGAAGCCUGCCCUGUGUGCCGGCUGUGGUGGAAAGAUUUCGGAUAGAUACUACCUCCUGGCCGUGGACAAACAGUGGCACCUGCGGUGUCUCAAAUGCUGUGAAUGUAAACUCGCGCUGGAGUCGGAGCUAACGUGUUUUGCCAAGGAUGGGAGUAUCUAUUGCAAGGAGGAUUACUACAGGUAAGAAAAAUGAAGGUUUCUCUUUUUAUCGAUAUCAACGUUGUCUCCUUUACGCAUACGGACACGCGUGUAUACCCACCCAUUAGCACAUGGGUCUCUUAAUCUCUGAGGCUUUUAAAGAUGUUUAAUUUUUUUUAAAUAGUCCCUUUUUGACAAAACUUUUCCUGCCAAUAUCUUGGUUCAACAGGCCGUGUCUGUUCAGCUGGAAUUAUGGUGAACCCCUCUAAUCCAAUUAGGCCUUUCCAGUCUGUAUAAAAUCAUUCAGUCACUCCAGGCCCCCCUGCAUGCUUUUCAUUGAAAAGAAGUUAUGAUAUAAAAAAAUGUACUUGUAUUCAUUGUCUCAGUUACAAUAGUGUCUGUGCCUCUGAACGAAAGAUAAUUGUAAAGCUGAAUGUGAAGGUUAAGUCACCCAAACUGCACUAUUAUACAUUUUUUCUGUUUGGAGAGAAUUUCCCUAUAAGCUGCUUUAGCAAUAGCAGGUAGGCUAGUGGCCCAGUGUGCUCUAAUGUAAAUAAAACCACUGGAAAAGACCUGUGUAGUCAAAUAUACAGUCCAAAAUUGAAUCAGACUUUAACAAGAUAUCAUAAUUUUAUUUAUAUUUCACGUAAUAAUAAUAGAAUAGAAUAGACGGGGUGCUGUUUUGUUAUAUUUGGUAUAAAUUUGUUAGCUAUCCCACCGUUUAAAGCUAAGCUCUGCUUUUAGCUCACCUGUCAACUUCAGCGUAAAAGUCGAUUCUAGUGUCAGUUUUAUUGACCAAACUGUAAAAAAGCGUUUAUUUAACAGACACGUACAUUUUUUUGGUGUGAAUGUAUUCUUCGACGUGAAAACGUGGCCUUCCUCGUCCUGCUAUAUUAGCUUCGUGUGUUCUUGUUUCAGUAUAAAGCUAUAUUACAUGUAUUACCUCUCUGUCACGUGAUUGAACGACGAUAUUAGUGACAAAAACUAAAUUUGCACGUGAUAUUUUUUCGGUAACCGUGUGUCCGGGCCUUCCUUUUUCACGUUUACCACACCUGCUCUCCAUGUAUGAGGAGUCUUGACGAUUUGUCUGUUCCAGAAGGUUCUCCGUGCAGAGGUGCGCGCGCUGCCACCUCGGGAUAUCGGCCUCAGAGAUGGUGAUGCGGGCGCGAGACUCCGUGUAUCACCUGAGCUGCUUCACGUGCACCACUUGCAACAAGACGCUGACCACCGGCGACCACUUCGGCAUGAAGGACAGCCUGGUGUACUGCCGGCUCCACUUCGAGACGCUGGUACAGGGACCAGACUACCACCCUCAGCUUAACUUCGCCGAGCUGGCAGCCAAGGGAGGCGGCCUCACCCUGCCCUACUUUAACGGCACCGGGACGGCGCAGAAGGGCAGGCCGAGGAAGAGGAAGAGUCCGGCCAUGGGGAUAGAUAUACCGAGCUACAACACAGGUGAGCUCGACACAGUAGGAGCAAACGCAGAGAGGAAUUUAGAUUGUACCAACUCCUUUUUAUUUUUAUUUUUAUUUAUACUUUUUUUUGUUUUAUGCUAAAGUAGCUACAGCAUUAGCAACAAUAUUGUGAAUUGACAGCAAAAUACAGAGCUGUAAAAUAGAAAUUAAACACCUGUAUUUUUUGUUUUAAUGUAUUUGGCUCAUUUUAUUUUCUCAGUGUUGGUUGGUUUUACUAGUUAUAAAGCUUUAAAUAGCCAAAACUUUAACACAUAUAGGUAAUUUUUAAUCAUUUAAUUAAUUUUUUAUUUUAAAACUAAAACAUUAAUAGUGGUCAGAGUAUUAUAACACAGCUCAAAACAGACAAAUGAGGUGUAAAAAUAUAAGAGUAGGUUUAUUUUUUCCUCUGUGGGUCACGUUAAGGCCCUCGCUGUCGUAUCUCUAUGUCCCAGCAUUAACAGUCAUAGGGAUGGAUCUAUUAUAUGUCUGAUAUGAAUCCAUCUGUGCAAAUGUAGGUGAUUGUUGCCUGAGUGUAACCGCGUCUGCAGCCGUGGGCUAAUUGAUCCGCAGCUCCUGUCCACGCGCCUUGAACGCACCGUUUUUUUGUGCUUUAAACUGUGGCGUGUGUUGAUCGAAGUUUGACCUCCCCGCCAACGUGCCCAUCGACUUCCAUAAUUAAGAGUAAAUCAGGUCAAAAUAAAUGUACAUUUCAAUAGGGAGGGGGUGGGUUUUUGUCGCACUUUCCAAAAAUAAGAGUGGGGUCAAUUAAUUUUUUUUUUGCACGAGGACUAAAACAACUAUAAUGACAAAAAGUGCACUGUGUUAAAAGUAGGUUUCAUCGCUGUGUCAUAGCCCACUUCACCCCCCACCACACCACACCACACCCCCGCAGCGUCCCCAUUUUGUUGUCGCUUUCUGUGAAUUAGUGUGCGGUUGAGAAAGUUGCUCAUUGUGCGCCAAGUUUCUUCUGUUCCCGGUGAAUAGGGAAGAAUAAGGGUAAUCUGCGCGUUAAUUGUUCUUCGUUAAUUAAAGGUGACGCUGGAAUCUGUGGCCUCCUGUGCGCCGGUCAGCACAGUUCUCAUGCAGGGAGGGGGGAACACACCGAGCCGUGCACAGGGGGGCCUGCUACAGGGAACACAGCGCUGUACAGUCCGGUUAUGUGGUCUAUAUAGUUUGUUUCUCUGAAACACUAUUGCAGGAGAUUAUGCAAAUUCUUCAAUUCUCAUUGGUGUCCUAAUGGGGGGAUUACUAUUUUCUUAAAACCAGGUUACUGCAACACAACAUAUGUAUAAAAUGCAGCCAAAACAGGUAUACAUAGUGGGGGGUAAAAUAGUGUAAAAUGUGCAAAACACCACAAAGGGCCAAUGGUGUUAAUGCAUUAAAAAAAUGAUUUAUUAAAAAGGAUUUCCAAAUGAAUAUCACAGAAUUCAGGAGGCAAAUUAGUGCCUAUUUGCUUAAUUUUAAUAUUCCAAUUUUUUUUAUUAAAUUACAUGACACAAAACAGUCAAGAAGUCUUGGGCAAAAUAACAAUUAAAACCAUUAAAUUUAGGGAAAAAUAAAAGAUCCAUUUGGUGCUGCACCUAUGUGGUAUCUGUCUCUAUAUUUCCACAAGCAGCCCUUUCUCAUGCUGCUCUCAGACUGUUAGGGUUAAUGUAUCGCUCUGCACAUCAGGAGGCUCAUAUUCCUGACAAAUAGGCUGAGGUUUUGUUUGAGGUUUUGUUUCUGCUUUAGCGAGCACAUUCAUGUUUGUUCUCACAGGGGAAAAGGUGUGGGUCCACUGAGUAUUGCACACCAAUCGGUAAAGUUUGGUCUUGUUUGGAUACAGAGACCCCUAGUGGGUAAUAUCAAGUGAAACACAAUCCAGGGUAGGGCUGAGAGAGAAAAACAUACAUGUCAGUGAUAGAUUAUUAAUGGUGUGUAUGAAUGAAAGAAAAAAAAGGUUGUGUAACAAAAAUGUGAUUCAUGUCAUAACACAUAAAACAGUUAAAAUGCAUCACACUUUAUCAAAUCUUACUUUUUAAAAUGGUUUGUAAAUGCUGUAAGGAAUUCGCACAUUAUCCUAACUGCGGCAUGAUGGUACAAUUUUAUAUUUUGACAAUCAUUCAGACAAUAACAGCUGGUCAUCAUUUCAAAUUAAAGUGGCAUAAUAUCACCAAAAUUUGCCUCACAAUUAGAAAUCUCAUGCUUAUGGUUUAUGGCCUUCUUUGCUCUCUCUGCGCAUUUAUUUAAGAUAAAAUCUUAUUAGAGCUGUUACAAUAUGGUAGAUUCUACAGAAAAAAGCUGAGUCAAUACACGAUCAUGAUUAUUAUGCAGUGCGUGACGAUUGCAGACAUACCCUAAAUAAUUUGUCAUGUGCUUAUUCAACUGCAAGAACUAAUCUGGUGUUGGAAUUUUCUCCAUUACAGCAUAAAAGAAAAUCAAGAAAAAUUAAUAGUGGAUGUUAAAAAAAGCAUAAUGUUGCUAUAAAGUGUAAUUUUUUCACACCUGCAGUCACUGAAGGUUUUAGCAGCAACAUUGAGACACAUAUGACUUUAAUUUAGUGCAUCCGUUUUCUCAAGUGUUUUACAACUGGGGUUUUUUGCAAUUGAAAAAUGAGGCCUAUUAGGACAAUUAGUCAUUUUAAACACAGAUAUUAUAACUUUGCUCCAUAUGCGGGUAAAAAUACAUCAUUUUACUAACAGAAAAUCUAAGAGUGCAGGUUACAAAUGAAACCACAAUAACAUUACAAUACAGUUUCCAGAGAGGUGACACUCAAAUUAGCUGCGUUUCUUAACUUUAAGUAAUUACUAUUCUUGCAUUUGAUAUUUCAUAACACAGUAAAUACAUAAGCUUGAUUUGAUUGGUCUGUCUGCGAUAAUCUUCAUCAUUUACACUUGAUUCUGCUUUUUCCCCCUUUAAUAUCAUGUAAAAACAACAUACACUUUUGGUUGAAUCGUGAAAUAACUGUAAAUCAGUCGAUUGAAGCAGCUUCCUGAUUUGAAUAUUGUUGCUUUAAUAGUGGAGUCACUCUGCUUUGUUAGCACUUAAUUGACCAUCUCUUCUUUCUGUUGAAGGGCAAAAUUUAAUUUAGACACAAAAGGCUGAGUUUUCAGAAAAGGAAAUAACCCACAGAGUUUUUUUUUUCUUGACUCUGACGCCUCCCUGUGCUCUGCUCUCUGCCCUCUCAGGCUGUAACGAGAAUGAUACAGAUCAUUUGGACCGGGACCAGCAAGCCUACCCUCCAACGCAGAAAACCAAACGCAUGCGGACCUCCUUCAAGCAUCAUCAGCUGCGGACAAUGAAAUCCUACUUUGCCAUCAACCACAACCCUGAUGCCAAGGACUUAAAGCAGCUGGCCCAGAAAACAGGGCUGACUAAGAGAGUUCUACAGGUAAGCAGAGAGGCAUCUCUUCUUAUUUAUCGUAUCACCCUCAUACCUGUGCCUGCACCCCUCCCUCUCAUUUCACUCCAGUAUUACCAUUCAAGUCAUCUCUUUGAUUUUGUUUUGGUCCAUUUAGUCAUUAGAUGUAUAUCCACGGGGUGUUAUCUGAAAUUUUCUAGAUUUUUCAAUGUAAUUUUUUUAGAAAAGAAGUCAAACUUAAUUUAAUUUUAAAACGUCAGGUUAUCUGUCUGAUUCUCUGAGUGCACAUGUUCUUUUUUUUUUAUUUGUGGGACAACAGAGGGUGUAAUUCAGCUCUCUCAGAAUAAAAAGUGUAGAAUUAUUGUUUAAUGCUCUACUAAAUCUACAUAAUUAUAUUCAGUGUCCAGGAGCUAACUGCUUCAUUGUUAUCUGCCCCAUGAGCUCAAAAUAAUGCAUUGAAAAUUGGCAUAUUAAGAUUUAUAUACUUAAAGACAGGGCAACUUGAUACCGUGAUAACUUGGUAUGUCUUGAUAUCUUUUGAUAAAUUAAUCGUAAACUCAAAAAGUAAAAGCCACACUGGGAUUGGUUUGCAGGUUUGGUUCCAAAACGCAAGAGCCAAAUUCAGAAGGAACGUUUUGCGACAGGAGAAUGGAGGUGUUGAUAAGGCUGAUGGCACCUCACUCCCUCCACCCUCAUCUGACAGUGGGGCCCUGACCCCCCCCUCCAGCGCGGCCACACUAACAGACCUGACAAACCCCUCUAUCACUGUAGUGACCUCCGUCACCUCUAGCUUGGACAGCCAUGAUUCGGGGAGCCCUUCACAAACUACCUUGACAAACCUUUUCUAACAGGCUAUCUCUAGCAGACUGAUUUUUUUUAUCUGGUUUAUUUGUUUCUUUCUUUUUUUUUUUUUCUUUUGUCAAUCUACAUUUUAUUUUUUUAAGUGACACCUUUAAAUCUACCAGAGACAGCUCCUUGGAACAGAAAGUGCUGUACUGUGUACACAAACAAGAACAACAAGAGCAAGAACAGCAGCGACCACAUUAAAACACAUGGAGAUCAUUUUAAUGUGUAGCAUCUGAAACCACAUGGCAGCCGUGUCUGUAGUUGAGUUACAGUUUGCAGAGAUUGAUUUUGAAUGGGACAUUUCUGAAGUCGUGCAGAUUAGGAAAAUCUCGAGGAUUCCACAACCAAUUCGCCAGGAAAAAAAAUGAACUUGAAAAUUAGAUAAAAUAUUUGAUUUGGUUUGUAUAUUUGCUUUGAAUUAUGACAAAAAAAGCCCUUUCUAAUUUAUGGUAAAUUGGUAAAUCUGAAAAUAACAAAUAUUUCGCCCUCAGAAUCCUGUACAUGUAUGCACUGUGUUCGCACUAUCCAAUUUUAAGAUUUUUUCUGUUUCUGUUUUGGAUAAUUUGGGAAAUAAACUUGUUGAAUGUUCUGUAUAUGGGUAACUCCAGAAAACAGGCUUUAAUUAUUUCCGAAUGUUUCAGUCUGGAUGGACUCAGGCAUUAAAAUAUCUCACAGAGCUACAUGUGAAGUGUCUAAAUUGUAUUGCGAGCAUCUGACCACUGCAGCUUACACUGCGGGUAGAUGCUAACCCACGCAUAUUUUUGUCUUGAUUAAUAGAUCUACUGUGAUCAAGGAUUAGAGCAAAUCCUUCAUUCUGUACAGUGGUAACUGUUCAACAUGUAAUGCAGUCAACGUUGAUAGAAAUGAUCUGAAAAUCACAAAUCGGCCACAGUAAUUCAGAUUGGAAAAUGGUUAAUGGACACUGUUGUCAUCGAUUGUUUUCAUGACAGAGCACUUUUUCAGAUUUGUUGGCCUCAUAGAUUAACCGUAGUCAAAUGGAUAAAUCCUAGCAAACAUAUCCAUAGAUCCACAGCUAAACUCAAUUGCACAGUGACAAUAUACUGCCCAGUGAAAAGUGCAUUAUUGUUUUUAUCAUGUUGCUCAGGGUAACAAUGUGAUUUUAAAAGGGAAAGGAGUGGAGGUUAGAAACUAAAUGGUUGCUACGUUGCAGAUUAGAUUUGUAGAGCUGACAUGAACAUUCAAAUGACCUCAGAAAGGCGGAGUAGUACAGUGAGAGGCAGCCAGUGGGAAUCAUUGUCCAUGUGUUCUCCUUUUUGGCCAUAUUUAUACUUUCUUUAAAGACACUUGCCACUGAACAGACCAAAAACAUGUUUCUUCUGGCUGAAAGAUAGAGAGAAAAGAAAGAAAGAAAUCUUCAAUGGAGUUGAUACAUUUCAUUGUGAGCGUCACAAUUUGUUCUAUUGUAGAACAAAGUGGUUCUCUAAAUCUACUUAUUGAAGUAGAUGCCUAACUCAGUUCUACUAUGUGCCUUAUGCUAUAACUUGGGAGAAAGUUUGUGAAAUUCAGGAUCUAUGUGUUCUUUGUUAACUGAUUCACAUCCUUUUGACGCCUCACUAGUUUUGUACUGUUUUGCAUCUUAUUUCCGAAGAUCUUUUUAUGGUGUAUCCUGUUAAAAAGGGGGCAGCGAUGUCAUAGAAAGCAUUUGUGCACUCUUUCAGAUAUAGUUGGGUAAUCCAAGAACCUUAUAUAUUGAUCUUCGUGUUAAUAGUUGAGUACAGUAAGUGUUCUAUCAAGAUUGUCCAUGUUUCCCUGUUUCUUGAUAAAGAUGGUGUAUAGAAACUAUUUCCCCUUAAAUAUUUAUGGACCAAACGGUUGUUAUAUAUCUUAUUAAAUUUGUGUGAAUAAAAAUACUUUGCUUUAAAUGGGUUUUUAUUUUUCAUUACACUUGCCAUUUUUUGUGUUCUAUAUUAAAUACAAUUUUUGUUUAUCACAUCAACAACUGAGAAAGCUUUCAGUUAUUAAUGACCAGUUAAAUGUCCUCAUUUCUGCCUCCAUUUUUAAUUUCUAUUUCCUAUUUUAUGAUGUUUAUGGUUUUUAACGUAAUGCCCCAUGGAUUUGCAUCUAAACCCUGCAGUCAAAAAUAUGAAAUUGCUUUUUAAUGCAUGAACAUGGCUUUAAAAUUUAAAUCAAAGGAAUGCUUCAAAGCAUAUAUUGAUAUAUAUCUAUAUCCAUUUAUAGUAUAUAUAUAUUUAUAUUUAUGCAUAGCAUAUUGGUAAACCUUAAAUGAGUUAAGAGUUAAAUGAAGACCCCGUAAAGCCAGGUUGCUCUGUAGUUAAUAUAUUCUUACUCUAUCGUUUCUUUCAGGGAGAACAAAUCUUGGGGCAUUACAGCCAUACAUCCCGACGUUUGAAAAUUCCCUAAAGUAUUAAGAGAAGGGGAAAACUUUGAUGGGAAUUCCUCACCAUUGAAGACAAAGACAAUAUUAGGAUAAGAUGAUAGCAUAUUGAGAACAAAUAAACAGACAGAAACCUGUAACAACAGAUGAUUUUUUUUUUUAAAACAAAAGUUUGUCCUGAAUAUUUGAAUCCAUCAGUGGAGAAGAGCCCACAAUGUAUGAUAUUUAUGACAUCAGUGUGGAAAAAAUACUGUAUUGGAAUGAUAAAUGCACCAGAAAUGAAAAUAAAAUGUAUUGUAUUAUAGUUAAAAACAAAGGUGCAGGAUGUGGUUAAAAGACAGCAGACAUCCAACAGCGAAACAGAGACAGUAUGGAUUUUACUGGUAUGAGCACACACACACACACACACACACACACACACACACACACACACACACACACACACACACACACACACACACACACAACCUUUCUCCCACUAUCUUUCUCCUAUAUAGGCCUAACAUAUACAGAGCAUUCCCUCAAUUUUUCACACACACACGCACACACACACACACACACAGACAGACUACAACACACACGCUGCCCCCGUGCACCCACCCCAGAAUCAGCUUGCUAAAUAGAAGUUUUCUUUUGUCACAAGUGUCAUUUCAUAAACACAUGGCCUCCUUGAAACUCGGCAGCAGGACGCCCAUCAAAUGUGAUGAGUGUAUGAAGAGGACUGCAGAGCUGGAGCUUUGCCAUCUGGCUGUACCGAGGGAAGGAAGUGAAAAAAAAACAAAGCAGAUAAAGAAGAGAUUCUCAUUUUGCAUGCGCCUUAUCAUCUUGUUAACAUUUUUCCUUGAAAUGUAUAUGAUUUCCUUUGAUUCAUUGUAUGAUUCACUGUCAGCUGCAAAAUAAAGUAUAUGAAACAAUGUCCCUGACAA